UGUCACAGUCUCACAUUUGAGUUGGUGGUGGUGAGUCCUCUUCACACUUGGGAGUCACAGGCUGAGUGGGUGGACCUGAUGGGACAUAACAUUAAAAAGACUUUGCUCGCCUUAAUGAAGAAGCGCUGCCUACUCUCCUUCCUCUUUAUUUUACCACUGUGUCUUCUCAAUGGAUGGCCGAGUGGAUUCCAGGCUAUAAACCGUAACGUGACCAUCCUGUUGUGGCACUGGCCCUUUGGCAGGUCAUUUAGCCUGAAGGAUGACGUGUGCUGGGACCUCUACAGCAUCCCCCACUGCAGACUGGUGGACCAGCGCUCCUUGUACCCAACAGCUGAUGUGGUGGUGUUCCACAACAGAGAACUGGUAAAGGGGAGCCAAAAGCUGCCCUUUGACCUUCCACGACCACAAGGCCAGAGGUGGGCCUGGAUGUCCCUGGAGGCCCCUAUUCACAGUGGAAACUUACAGCAGUUUGCAAACAUCUUCAACCUCACCAUGACCUACAGGAGGGAUGCUGAUAUCACUAUUCCCUACGGCAAGUUCCUACCAAAGGAGGCUGAAGGAAGUCUGGUGGAUGACAUUCCUCUGAAUAAGAGCUCUCUGGUUUGUUGGGUGGUCAGCAACUACAAGCGCAGGCACAAGAGAACCAAAGUCUACAAUGAGCUCAAGACAAUAGUUCCUGUGAAGGUUUAUGGGCGCUGGACAAAGACACGGCUCUCCUCUAGAGACCUCUUACCUACAAUCUCUCGCUGCUAUUUCUAUUUGGCAUUUGAGAAUGCGAGUGCCAAAGACUACAUCACAGAGAAGCUGUGGAGGAAUGCUUACCAAGGCGGGGCAGUGCCUGUUGUCCUGGGACCCCCAUUGAAUGAUUACAAAGGUGUGUCACCACCUAAUUCUUUCAUCCACGUUGAUGAGUUUGCAUCAUUAAAGGACUUAGGGAAGUAUCUACAGCAGCUCAUGGAGGACAAGAAACUCUACAGUGAAUAUUUUAAAUGGAAACAAAAGUGGAGAGUAAAACUUUACACUGACUGGAGGGAGAGAUUGUGUAAGAUAUGCUCACAGUACAGAAGUUUACCCCCACAGAAAGUUUACUCAGAUCUAGAGGCUUGGGUUAAUAAUUAGUUCAAUAGUUGCACAGCUACAGUUUAAUGCUUUCACUGGUAACUUAAAUUCAACCAUAUUUUUGACACAUUAGCAUUCUGUGCCAGAACUAAUUUGCAGCACUUAAGGCCCAAUUUGUUAUACAUUUUUUCAGUGUUCAAUUUUCAUUCAAUUUUUUUAUUUUAUUAUUUUUUUUUUUUCACCACAAGGAUCACCAAAACAUUCAAAAAAGGAAACAUAGGAAAAUGCACAUGCCAGUUACAAGUGCAACUACAGCCUUAGAGCUGAAUGUAAUGACUGUAAAUUUCCUGCAUAUGAAUUGUUGUUGUUUGAUUAAGCUGUUCCACUCUUGCAUCUCAAACAGACAAUAUAACAUUUCCAUUGCCGGCUGAUCCUCCACAUCUGCAAAUAUUUCAUGUGGGGUUCUGUAGGGCUCCCCCCCCUCAUGCAUUAAUAUCAUCCAGACCGGACUACUGUAAUUCACUCUACCAUGACAUUUCUGAAUCUACCAUUUCCCAUCUACAGCUGAUCCAGAACGCUGCUGCCCAGUUAUUAACAAGAUCCAAAAAAUUAGACCACAUCACCCCCAUCCUUGCAUCCUUCAUCUGGCUCCCCCUUCAUUACAGGAUAACAUUCAUAAUUCUCCUAAUUGUCUAUAAAUCCCUCCAUGGUCUCGCCCCAACAUAUAUUUUAGAACUUCUCACCCCUUAAUACACCAAAGGACCCCUCAGAUCCUCCCACCUCAGCAUGUUGGUAGUGGUCAACAAACGGCUGGGGACACAGCUUUUUUUGUAGCGGCCCCUCGGCUCUGGAACAGCCUGCCAGAGGCCAUUAGACAUGCUGAAUCUGUUGAUACUUCUAAAAUACAUCUGAAGACUCACUUUUUAUCUUUGGCUUUUAAUUGUUUUAUUUGUUAACUGAUUUCUUUGGGUUUUAAAUUUGUGCUUAAAUGUUUUAUUCUAAUUUUGCUCCUUUUAUGCUUGUAUGUGCAUGCAUAUGCCUGCCUUUGUGAAGCACUGCAAAGUCUGUUUGCCUUUUAAGUUGCUAUAUAAAUAAAUAUGUCAAAAGAUGUCAGUUAUAGCCUACAGUGUGAUCAGUGACUUGUUUUUCUUUAUGUCCAUCUUUUCUUGCUUACUAGAAAAUAAUUUGUCACAAAUUGAUCAUGAGUCUUACUGAAGAAACACAAACUCUUUUUGAUCUUUAAAUGCAUCUUUUGAUCUUUUUGACACUUGGCUCAACUUCCUCCAAACGACCUAAAUGUUAGGUUACUGGAGUUGCAUAGAUGCCUCUUUUUGUUUUGACUUCUGCAAAAUUAAAUGUAAGGUUGUCAGUCAAGGUACAUUGCCCUAGUGCAUCCUAUUAUCUCAUAUCUCUCUUUCAGCUGCUGAACACGUCUUUUUCACUUCCUACCUAGACUACCGUAAUAGUAUUCUCUUCAGUUCUACCUCCAAAGCCCUCAAUAAACUUCAGUAUGUCGAGAAUCCUGCUGCCUGGCUCCUCACUCAAAUCUGUUCUAACGACCACAUCACCCCCGUCCUCCAGAACCUCCACUGGCUCCCCAUCCCUCACCGCAUCCAAUAUAAACUGCUCCUCCACACCCUCAAAUCCCUUCACAACCUUUCCCCCUCUUACCUCACUGACCUGCUCAACCCGUACACUCCCUCCCGUAACCUCCU